AUGGAGCACGAAGACGACGUGGAUCAGGAACAGAGGCUGAUCAAUGAGGAGUACAAGACUUGGAAAAAGAACAGCCCAUUUCUUUACGACAUGAUUCUGAGCACUGCCCUCGAAUGGCCGACCUUGACCACCCAGUGGUUCCCCGAUGUCAAAGCCCCCGAAGACAAGAACUACCGCAUCCACCGUCUCCUGAUCGGGACUCACACCUCGGAAGGCCGCCCCAACUAUCUCCAGAUUGCUGAAGUAGAGAUUCCCAAAGCAGUCGACCCCAACCCAAAUGAUUAUGACGAGGAGCGCGGCGAGAUUGGUGGGUACGGAAGCAAGGCUUCUACGGGCGACGUCGCUGCCAUUCGCUUCAAAAUUGUGCAGAAAAUCGACCACCCCCAGGAGGUCAACAAGGCGAGAUAUCAGCCCCAGAACCCAGACAUCAUUGCCACCCUCUGCGUCGAUGGCAAGAUUCUCAUCUUCGACCGGACCAAGCACAGCCUUCAACCUGCGGGUACUGUCAACCCCCAGAUCGAACUUGUUGGCCACGAUCAGGAAGGGUUCGGUCUAGCCUGGAACCCGCAUGAAGCCGGCUGCUUGGCUUCUGGUAGUGAGGACCAGACCGUCUGCCUCUGGGACAUCAAGACGAUCUCCAGCGGCAGCCACACUCUGAAGCCCGCGCGAAGAUAUACACACCACAACCAGAUUGUCAACGACGUCCAGUAUCACCCCAUUGCCAAGAGCCUCAUUGGCUCCGUAUCCGAUGAUCUGACCCUCCAGAUCCUCGACGUCCGGCAACAAGCCAACGAUCAGGCUGCAUUGGUAGCAAGGAAUGGACACAGCGACGCCAUCAACUCGCUUGCAUUCAAUCCCGCCUCGGAGUUCCUCGUUGCGACGGCCUCGGCCGACAAGACGAUUGGCAUCUGGGACCUGCGAUGCGUCAAGGAGAAAGUUCACACCCUCGAGGGCCACAACGAUGCGGUCACCUCGCUGUCGUGGCAUCCUUCGGAAGCCUCUAUUCUGGGCAGUGGCAGUUACGAUCGACGUAUCAUUUUCUGGGACCUAAGCCGGGUAGGCGAGGAGCAGAUGCCCGAGGACCAGGAGGAUGGCCCCCCCGAGCUCCUCUUCAUGCAUGGUGGCCACACCAAUCACUUGGCGGACUUCAGCUGGAACAUUAAUGAUCCUUGGCUGCUCUGCAGCGCCGCAGAAGACAACCUCCUGCAGAUCUGGAAGGUUGCUGAUGCUAUCGUCGGACGAGAUGAAGACGAUUUGCCAGUCGAUGAGUUGAACCGAUAG